AUGGCGGAGGAUCAGCAGGCUGCCGGUCAAUCCGGUACUCAGCCUCAGCCUCAGCCUCAGAUUCCAAAUCUCCCACAGAUGUUCUCUGCCGCGGUUGACGAUGGCACCGAUGCCGUGACUGGCGUUGCCAACUCGAUCCCAGACGAUCAAGUGAACGCAAUGCAGAUGCUGGGAUGUUGGCUCGAAAUCCUUGAGCACUUCUUCCCGUCGCAGCACAUGGGGCCUAAUUUCCCCGGUUACGAUGUGAGUAGUGCUACUUCUGCCGUCAAUAGCCGGGGAACGCUCAGUGUGCGCAUCACGGCAUCGUCCAGGUGGGUAGGCGCAAACUUCUUAAAUGUGGAGUUGGAGCGCUUCCCUUCCAGCGAUGACGAUCUCGAUCGGUGGGACCGCGAGGCUAACCUCAUGACCCAGAUGGUGCAUACGAUGAGACACCUCCCCGAUCAGGAGGAGCCGAAAGUUGUCUUUGGGAUCGUCGUCGUCGGUAAGUUCUUCCGAUUCUACCGGCUCGAAGAAGAUGGCCAGCGCUACCCUAUUGAUGUUGCAGGAAAAGCCGUGUUCCAUAUGCGGAAUGAUUCCAGACUUAUAGCCUACAUCAUGGAAGUGAUUAUCAAGGAGCACUGGUGA